AUGGCAGACCCUUGGGUGGUUGUGGUCGAGAGCCGUGGCCCAGCUGAAGGCGGUCAGGUCAGCCCGCAUCUCUCCAACCCCCAAAAAACCCACACCAAACAGACGAUGAGACGCCAGUCAUUGACGAUGUUCGCAAACGCAACACGUUCAUUGCUGGGAGCCGGAAAGCACCUGAGGGUGCCCCUGUCGAUUCGCUCGCUAUCCUCCCCCAGCCAGCUCAACGCGCCGGAAACGAAGGCAGCCCCCCAGGCCAAUCCCACAUCCGCCCCGGAGGCAACCGCGACGUCUGAGCGUCUAGGAGCUCUAGGCGAGAAUGCCCGCCUACCACGCAGCGUGCAAGCAGUAUAUUUGCGGCCCCUCCGGAGGAAAGCGGAAUACGGUCUCCCCGUCUGCGACCUUCAGCUACGAUCCUACAGCGUCGAAAACGUGGAAUUCUUUGCCGACUUCGCCAUCCGCGCAGCCUAUUAUCUGGACCUCCCGGUCUCCGGACCCGUUCCUCUCCCUCGCAUCGUCGAACGUUGGACCGUCCCGCGAAGUAACUUCGUACACAAGAAGAGCCAGGAGAAUUUCGAGCGAAUCACUCUCCGUCGAUUGAUUCAGAUCAAAGAUGGAAACCCGCAAGCCGUGCAGGCGUGGCUGGCUUUCCUCCGGAAACACGCCUUCUACGGAGUUGGUAUGAAGGCCAACGUCUGGGAGCACGAGAGCCUCGAUGUCAGCAAGUCAAUGGACCAAUCCGCUCCGGAAAUCCAGAAGAGCCUUGAGCCACACUUAGCCCAAUUUGGCCAACGAAAGGAUAACUCGGCCGGAAACAACAUAUUCGAUAUCUUGGACAGUGAUCGGUUUGCCGAGCGCAAGAACGUCUGA